AUGAGUACGAGUGAAGAAUGGGAUGGAAUUGGGGUAGAUGCUCGAUUCGAAGGGGUUUAUUCGCAGCGCAAGGGUGCAAGGAGAACGACACAAUGGCUUCCAUACAACAGCAACAAUCCCCUGCGCAUUCUUACCCCUGGCUAUCUCCGCCUGCAAUCCUCCCAAUCGCCGCCACCACCACCACCACCACCACCACCACCACCACCACCACCACCACCACCUCUCACAGUCGAAGCUGGCUACCACUGCCUCCAGUAG